AUGUUUAAUUUGGCACAAUCGCUCUCUUUUCUUGAUUCUCCCUCCAUCAAUUGGAAGCUCAUAGUGGCUCUGUUGACCGUGGGCCAAUAUUUGUUUGAAAACUACUUGCUGUCUCGUCAGUAUGCUGUCCUCAAGCGUAAAUCGCCUCCCGCUUCCAUCAAGGCUGAAGUAGACCAAGAGACUUUCGACAAAUCUCAGGCUUAUUCCAGAUCCAAGGCUAAGUUCGGAAUCUUUUCCAGUACCUUUGGUUUGGUGCAGAACUUGGCUAUUCUCAAUUGGGAUUUGUUGCCAUGUUUGUGGGAUCAUUCUGGCAAGUUAAUGGCCAAAUGUUCGUUCUUGUUGCCUAAAUUUAUGGGUGGAGUUAUCACUCAUUCGCUUUUCUUCUUCUCGACUUUUCUGAUUAUUUCGACUGUAUUGAGCUUGCCUUUGUCAUACUACUCCAACUUCGUAUUGGAGGAGAAGUACGGCUUCAACAAGCAAACUGUUGGCUUAUGGCUCUCGGAUACUGCCAAGGGCAUAGCUUUGAGUGUCACAUUGGGUUCUCCUGUCAUUGCUGGUUUCUUGAAGAUCAUCGACUACUUUGGUCAGUCGUUCAUCUUUUACACGAUGGGUUUUGUUUUAGUAGUACAGUUGGUGGCUAUGACUAUUUUUCCUACUUUGAUCCAACCGUUGUUCAACAAGUUCACACCUUUGGAAGACGGCGAGUUGAAGACUGCAAUUGAAGAAUUAGCUGUGAAACAGGAAUUUCCUUUGACCAAGUUGUACGUGAUUGAUGGUUCCAAAAGAUCCUCUCACUCCAAUGCCUACUUCACGGGUUUGCCCUGGUCUAAGCAGAUCGUCUUGUUUGACACCUUGAUCGAGCAUUCAACUAUCCCAGAGACUGUAGCUGUGUUGGGUCAUGAAAUCGGUCACUGGAAGUUGAAUCACUUGCCCAAGAUGUUGCUCUUUGCCCAGUCACAAUUGUUCUUGAUGUUUUCGAUGUUUGCUGCUUUUGUCAAGAACAACUCGCUUUAUACUUCCUUUGGCUUCAGCACCCAGCCAGUUAUAAUUGGCUUCAUUUUGUUCAACGAUGUCUUCCAGCCAGUUGAUGCUGUGUUCCAGUUUGCCAUGAAUUUGUUGUCAAGAAAGCAUGAAUACGAAGCUGACGAGUAUGCUAAAGGUUGCGGCUACGGUCCAGACUUGUCCACCUCGUUGCUUAAGAUGUUCUCUGAAAACUUGUCUACCAUGGAUGCCGAUUGGUUGUAUUCUUCUUACCAUCACUCUCAUCCUAUCUUGCCUGAGAGAUUGAGCGCUUUGGGCUAUGUUUCUGAAAAGAAGCUUGGCAAGGAAAUCAAGAUCAAGCCAGAAAAGGAAGACUAG